GGAUCCUACACAAAGUAAUGUAACGGUGGUGAUGGUACAGAUGUAGAAUCGCCUGUGGUUGCACUCGGAGUGUCUAGAAGAGAACACAAGUUUUGACAUAUAUAGCUGGCCAGCUUGUUCUCGCGAGAACUGUAAUGGAUCCUUUCCAUGAAAAUAUUCAGGGCCACCGAAUUUUUCACUAAAGGGUUAUUUAAACACAAUUCAUACAACACUUCUAAAAUGAUGAAUAAUAAAAAGCAAAUCGAUUCACACAGUUCAGCUUGAAGCGAUCGGACGCUUUGUGCUAUUGUGCUCGCGUUUCGGUAACAGCUAUUGUUAUUGGCUGGUGUUUUUUCCUCAACCAAGUGUGCUUCUUCCAUCGCGUGUUAAUUGUGGGAACAGUGAAGUGCGCUCAACAAUUCCCACCAGCUGGAGUGAAUAGCUUCUCACAGCAGAUACUGGUGAAGGUCUAUAGAGACACUUUUGAUCGCCGAAUCAUCGCCAUUUCCACCGCCGACGUAGGUGCGCUCGCUCACCAAUACACCUACAGCAGUGUAGCAAUAGACGCCAACACGUGAUCAACUGGACGGUGCAGAACGAGUCGAAUAUUAUCUGCGCUCACCAAUACACCUACAGCAGUGUAGCAAUAGACGCCAACACGUGAUCAACUGGACGGUGCAGAACGAGUCGAAUAUUAUCUGCGCGGGGUGCGCAUUUAGGUGAAUACGCAUAAAAAUACGGUUCCCGGAAUAAAUCGGUAAGUAAAUGAAAGCAACAGUAAUAACCGUAGAGAAAAAAGCAUUAUGUCACACAAGCCUACUAGAAAUAGACUGACGUGAAAAAUCGUAGUCAUCGAAUAAAGCACACUUUCAAAAAACAGCAUGGGUAUUACUGCUGCACGGAAAAAAAGAUAAUGUUUUUAAUUACCCUCACAUUCGCAGCAAUACUCAAGUAGGCAUCGAAAAUUGUUAAACACGUUUUGUUCUUUCGGUCUCGGUUUUGUUUAUAAUCAGAAGUUCGAAGAAUCUAACUUUUAAUUUUUUUGAUUUAUAAGCAAUGGAGCUUUCGACCAGUCAGAAAGACAACCGAGUUCUCAUCUAUAACGGUUUUGAGUAUCUGUAUGCUAAAACAUUAAAUGGAAUAGAUACAUGGAAGUGCCGUGAAAAUCGACAAUCGAAGUGCCAUUCCCGUAUGAAGACAAGAAACAACGACAUUAUACAAGAGCCAAGUAGUCACAGUCAUGAUGCCUGUCCUCAAAAAGCUGAAGCAAACAUCGCAAAAAGACGAAUGGUAGAAGCCAUGGCUGAAAUAAAUGCCACCGCCCGCAAUGUUAUUGGAGAGACAUUGUCAAAACUAAGCACGGAUGUAAUUGCUUAUCUGCCAAAGCAAUCUUCCCUUGCUAGAACUCUUCGAAACCACCGAGUAAUGAAGCACUUGCCAAAUCCACCCACGGCAGAUUUUGCAAUUCCUGAGAAAUACAGGGAUCUUGUAUUACACGACUCGGUAUUAGACGGUUCAAAUCGAAUUUUAAUAUUAGGAGAUCGAGAUUUAAUGGGCAAAUUAAGUCAAGACACACUAUUCGGCGACGGAACAUUUGACAAAGCACCAAAUAUGUUUUACCAACUCUAUACAGUCCAUGCCAAAGUAGGAAAUUCGUAUCCACCAUGUGUGUAUAUACUGCUGACGAAGAAAAAUGAACAAACGUACUUGGAGAUGUUUAAUAUUUUAAAAAGGUGCUGCCGGAAGAGGUCCACUAUUUCAUCCUCGAACAUGGAACCACUACGAUACAGCUCUCAAUGAAUCACCAAGGACUACUAAUAGUUGCGAAGGAUUUCACAAUGCCCUCAAUUCUAUAUUUCAUUGCAGUCACCCAAGUGUGUGGACCCUUUUCGAUGGAUUGAGACGAGAUUUAGCUUGUCACAAGCUUACAUUAGUGAACUCUGAAACUAACCAACUGGAGCCUACUAAAAGGAAAUACAGGAAACUUUACGCGAUUGUAGCCAGUUCAGUAGAAAAAUAUCAUGGAACAAAGGACAAGUUAUCUUAUUUAAGGAAAAUAGCUAAUAUACAAUAAUUAAUAUUCCUCUUUAUCAACUAUUACAAUGGACUUUUAAUGAAUUUUCGAUAUGAGGAAAUAUUACAUUGUUCUUCGCAAAAAUAAAAACAU